UCCCUCCAUGUAGAACUUGUUUGUAGGGUACGCGUACGUGCGUAUGUGCGUGGCGUCUGUUGUUGUUCAGGUGUGUGGCGGGUGCGCGUAGCGUGCGACAAGUGUGGCUGCUUGUUACUGUUUGCUGCCUUAAAAAUCCGACGUGAAGUUGAAUUGCGCAGUCUUGGCGCUAGCCCGCUCAGGUUGUUUAUAUCUCUGUUGUUAGUUGUUUUGCCUUAUUGCUCGUCGUCUCCUCUACUCUCUACUUCCUCUCGCUCAGCGCACCUCUCUCGCACCAUCAACGCUUGCCAAUAUAGUUUACUAUCCGCUCCCCAAGUAUAUCAAGAAAUCCCACCUCCGCAAUGCGGCUCCCUUUGCUUGGAGCGACGGGGACAAGCGCGCCGACUAUGUCGCCCAAGUGGCGACUUGCCUGCGCUGCGCUCAGAACAUUGCCAGCCAGAAGAAACCCUGCCAGAAGGAGGAGCAUCGUCGUUGUGGCCAUUGCUCCAAAAACAACCAGGGCUAGUGCACUUUAGUAAGAUUCCUAGACGUCCGCUUUACCUGCGCUUUUGC